GGUGGUAGUUUUUUUAUUUUUCACCAAUUUGCCCGAAUCGUGUUCUUCAUAAAAAAAACACUAAACUGAUCGUUUGUUUUGCGCAAUUCGUGUUUUUUGUUGAUACGAAAUGGGUCUUUUAUCGCUGCUGCGAAAACUGCGACCAAAUCCGGAAAAGGAAGCUCGGAUUCUGCUGCUUGGUUUGGACAAUGCCGGCAAAACAACAAUUCUGAAGCAGCUGGCAUCCGAGGACAUAACAACUGUGAGUAUUGUGAAGCGGAUACGUUCUUGCUUUCCCAAUAAUCGUUCGUCUGAUCCUCAGGUAACGCCCACAGCGGGAUUUAAUAUCAAGUCUGUAGCCGCCGAUGGCUUCAAGCUAAAUGUGUGGGACAUUGGUGGCCAAUGGAAGAUUCGACCAUAUUGGAAGAAUUACUUUGCUAAUACAGAUGUUUUGAUCUAUGUUAUUGACUGUACAGAUCGCACACGUUUUUCUGAGGCAGGCAGUGAGCUCUUUGAGAUGCUGAUGGAUAAUCGCCUGAAGACGGUCCCUUUGCUGGUCUUUGCCAACAAACAGGACUUGCCCAAUGCUAUGACUGCCUCCGAAGUGGCCGAGAAAAUGGGUUUAGUGCGUCUGCAAGAGCGCACCUGGGAGAUCAAGGCCUGUACUGCGGUCGAUGGCACAGGGCUGAAGGAAGGCAUGGACUGGGUGUGCAAGAAUAUGAAGAAGUAAUCUCGUAAUUUUAUUAUGCUAAUGUAAGAUGAAAGUUAUUAACGUGCACUGAUCAACUAUUAAAAUACACGCAAUAAUAAUUAUUAUAAAUUGGUUAAA